UAGUUUUAACAAAAUAGUUAGAUCAAAGAUAAAUACAGUAGUAUGUAUGAUGGAUGGGCACGUUGGAGAAGGCGGCACGGCAGAAGGGCAUUUACUUUUACGGGGAAGCAAAAAAGUUAGUGCUAGUCUGGUUCCUUCUAAUUCUGCAGUCUCAUAAACGAAAGCGAAGACGCACCUCCACAAAACUCUCGUCCAAGCCUUGUGUAGGCCAUUGCGCUAGGAGCAAUUUGGAUUUCGAGGAGAAGAUGAAAAAAGGAAUUCAUCCACAGCGUCAAUGGAUUUCCUACGUAACCCAGAGCGGGCGAUUGAUCAACGUUAUGAUGACAAAAAUACACCAAGUUGGUAAAGUCUAUCACAUAAGGGGUAGACAGGAGAGGACCGAAGGCAUUGGCCAGAUUGCAAAAUUUAAGCGUCGUUAUGAACAACAGAAGGUAGAGGAAACAGAAGAGAAGUAAAUCCUUUCACUUGCA